UUCUAACCUAUGUUUAAAUUGGGUGAUUACCUGUCAUGACCAUCUCUAUUUAACACGUCGAUUCUUUAUCGUUUAAAUUAUUUGUGAACUUCCGCAAUGGUGCGAAAAACUAUUGCACCUAGCACCCUGCAGGAAUACGUCCAGAAUCUUGCAAAAAAAGAAAAAUGUUCUUUUGGAUUAAUUAUAGGUCAGCCCGCAGAUGAAAAGGAUUACAUUCUUCAUUUUGCUCGUACAUCGUUGAACACAACAGAACAACAAACAAAUCAAAAUAUUUCAAAAGUCUCACAGAUACCAGAAUUAUCUGUUGCUGAUCAUGCCAUGCACACAACAAGAAUGCUUCCUGGUGGGUUAUACAUUCUUGGCUUAUUCUUCAUCACAGAAGAGAACAUUUUCAAGCCAAUCAACAAGAAGUUGAUUACAAUAUUGCAGCAUGUGCAAGCUCAGCUUGGUAACUCCCCAUGGUUGUAUGGCAAUCAUGCAAACAGUAAUGAGAGGAUAAUUGUGCAUUUUAAUAACAAGGGCUCUAGUUUUGAAGCUCAUACAGUAAACAUCAACAGUGGGAGCAUGCAUCCAGUUAAUUUCACCUUCAGUGAGAAGGAGAUGCAAUGGUGUCAGUUGGAGUGCAAGUUUGAUUUUAACAACUUAAUGAAACCUGUUGUGAAAGAAAAGAAUGCAACAUCAUUGAAGAAUCAGCUUAAAACUAUUACAGGCAGUCUCAACACCAGCUUGAAGAGUGCAGUGUUUAUUUUUGAUGGGCAACUGGUAAAUUCUUCAGAUAUGAUAGAUUGCAAGCACAAAACCAGGAGAUUGAGUAAAAUAUUACAUCAAGAGGAUGAUAUUACUGAAGACCACAAAAUCAUUAAUGUUGCAUUACUUUUACCAACUACCUCCAAAAUUAUGCCUGAAAUGGAUAUAACAGACAAUGCUGGAAGCAUUAGAAUUUUAGGUCAUAUUGCAAGUUCAGUAUGGCUGCACCCAAACACAACAUUUGAAGUAGCUUCACGGGCAAUCAUUGAAGAUAUUGUUAGGAGUUUCCAGUCAAGACUAAUCAUGCAUUUCGAUUCAUUAACCGAAGGGGAGGGAGGUUUCCUCAAUGAUACGUGCAGUCUGCAUGAACCACCAAGACGAGUACAAAUACCAUUACCACACGGCAAUGUCAGUCUUUCCGAUUAUUUAUUCCCAGGCGAAGGGGCGCAGGAAGCGCAGAUGUCUUUUCAAGAUGUAUUGGACGUUCAGAUUGCAACAAAACAUGCGAUUAAAGACCCUGAAGGUCAAGCAGAUUUGAGCGUUUACUACAGUGAAAUGGCAAGUCGCGACAGCAAUGAUUUACCACUGCCAUCUCUACCGACCGACACCAACAAAUUCAUGUAUCUUUUGGGCGCAGGAGUGUCAAUCGGCGUGUUGCUAAUUUCACUCUUCAUCCACUUCCUGCGCGAAUAUAAUAUUCUGUAACACCAAUCAUCACCACGCAAACAAACAACUCACCGGCAACUUGUGUGAUAACACAGUUGGCGUCAAAGUGUUUAUCGCAUGUGAUCCAUUACUUGAUUGGUUCUCUUUUUUAUUAUUAUUGUUGAAUCAGAUAUUAUAUUGACCACACAUCAGAGAUGUAUUUUUCAAAGCAUUUAAUAUCGAUAAGAAUCAUGGGUGCAAAGAAAAUAAAGAAUUUUUUUAAAUGUG